AUGUACUCCACAUUGGUCCCUUUUGUCAAUCAACGGUCCAGAUCUCUUCUCAUCGCCUAUAAAUAUAAAAACCACACUUCUCUUUCACCAAAACAGCACAGUUUGAUAAGAACUACAAGUUUCACUUAUAGUCUCUCUUUCCAAAUUCUUUUCUUCUCUGAUAGAAAUUCGAAAAAAAAAAAACAAAUUAUGGAACGCAAUUUCCUCCUAACGAUUACAUUGAUCUGCAUUGUCGUUGCCGGUGUCGGUGGCCAAUCUCCGGUCUCCACUCCAACUACUUCCCCUGCUAAAGCCCCCGCCGUUACUGAAACUCCGGCGAAAACUCCGGCUUCUUCACCGGUCGAGUCACCUAAAUCUCCGCCUCCGGCUCCUGUUCCCGAGAGCUCUCCUCCGGCUCCUUCACCAAAAGCUUCUGCUCCAGUGAGCUCUCCACCGGUUCCAGCACCAGAAGCUGAUACUCCUCCGGCUCCGGUAGCCGCUCCAGUUGCCGAUGUACCGGCUCCGGCUCCGAGCAAGCAUAAAAAGGCGGCGAAGAAGCAUCAAAAAGCACCGGCUCCGGCUCCGGAACUUGACAGUCCACCUGCACCACCGGCAGAAGCUCCUGGACCUGACUCCGACGCAUCUUCUCCCGGUCCGGCCACAUCCGCCGACGAUCAGAGCGGAGCAGAGAGCACAAGUGCAUUGCGGAAUGUAGCGAUAGGAGCGGCUGCAACCGCGUGGGCCGUUCUCGUUAUGGCCUUCUAAAUUAUUUAUUUUUUCACUCCUUAAUUUUUUUUUUUUUGACCUUACCCAUUGUCACUUUCUUUACGAAUUUGGUAUGAGUAUUAUUUAAUUUAUUAUACCGUUUAAUUUGUUUCCUUUUAUUUUAUUUAUAAUUAUAUACGAAAAUAAUUAUAUACGAAAAAAGAAGUUGAGAUCUGUCA